AAUAACCUCCCCUUUUGAUUGCCCACGAGCUUUCAAACGGUUGAGAUCCGGUGCCCAAGACAGGAGAAAAGUGAACCGUAUUGCUGGGGACUCCAAUGCUCAUCGGAUUAAGGAUAUUCUUCCUGACGAUAUAGCUGUCAAAUGCCUGCCAAUCUCUGAUGAGAAUAUGUAAUGACAAUGGUAUAGAACAGUAAUUACAGUUUCAGACAUUCGCCAACUCUGUUUUCAAAGGUGCCAAAUUUUCUUGUGAUCGUUUUCGCCAUGCAUUGUUGAGAGACUUGCGGAAGAUGGAUGUUCAACAGCUGUAUCUUCAUCUAGGCUCAAAUGACAUUCUUACGAAUGAAGCGGUGUUUUACCGAGAUGUAGCUGACUUGUGCGAUUUGGUGCAUCAGGAGGCGCACAAUCGGUGUCCAGAAUGCAGGGUUGUUUGCUCCAACGAAGACGCUUUGCUGAGCCACUUCUGCAGUUGCCACAUCAAGCAACCAGAGACUGGAAAAGAGAGUAAAAUUAAGCUGAUAGGCUCACCAAUGAUUGCAUCUGCUAAUCAUGAAUUCAACGAAGUCAGCUCAAGGAAGUGGAAGGCAUGCUUGGAAAAUUGAAGUUUCCAUUAUGAAGGCAAAUUUUAGUAUAUUUCAAAUUUGUAACCAAAUGAAGUGACAAGAUCUUGAAUGAAAAUUUGAUUGAACAUUUGUUAUCUGUCAAGAGAAACAGUUUAAAGCGAAUGAAUUAAGUAUUGCCUAUUGUCUAUAAGUUAAUUGUGUGACCUGAACCCUGUAAGGGAUAUUACUUAUUUUUAUACGCCGGUUUUGAAAAAACGGGACGUAUUAUAGUUUCACCCUUGGCGGGCGGCGGCGUCCAUAACAGUGUCCACUCUCUAAUUCAAAUAGUUUUCAUCCGAUCUUCACCAAACUUGGUCAGAAGUUGUAUCUAGACAAUAUCUAGGUCAAGUUCGAAUAUGGGUCAUGCCAGGUCAAAAACUAGGUCACUGGGUCACUUAGUGCAUUUGAAGGAUUUAGCAUUGGUGGCUCUCUAAUUGGAGUAGUUUUCAUCUGAUCUUUACCAAAUUUGGUCAUAAGUUGUGUGUAAAUGAUAUAUAGGUCAAGUUCAAAUAUGGGUUAUGCCGGGUCAAAAACUAGGUCGCGAGGUCACUUAGAGCAUUUCAUGCAUUUCGCAUGGUGUCUGCUCUCUAAUUGAAGUAUUUUUCAUCCAAUCUUCACAAACUUUGGUCAGAAGUUUUAUCUAGACAAUAUCUAAGUCAAGUUCAAUUAUGGGUCAUGCCGGGUCAAAAACAAGGUCAGGGGUUCACUUAGUACAUUUCAAGGAUUAAGCAUGGUGUCCGCUCUCAAAUUGAAGUAGUUAUCAUCCGAUCUUCACCAAAUUUGGUCAGAAAUUGUGUCAAAAUGUUAUCUAGGUCAAGUUCAAAUAUGGGUCACGCCAGGUCAAAAACUAGGUCACGAGGUUACUUAGUGCAUUUCAAGCAUUUAGCACAGUGUCCACUCUCUUAUUGAAGUAGUUUUCAUCUGAUCUUCAACAAAUGUGGUCAGAAGUUGUAUCUAGACAAUAUCUAGUUCAAGUUCAAAUAUGGGUCAUGCUGGGUCAAAAACUAGUUCACAGGGUGCAUUUCAAGGAUUUAGCAUGGUGUAAGCUCUUUAAUUGAAAGAGUUUUCAUCCGAUCUUCACCAAAUUUGGGCAGAAGUUGUGUCUUAAUGAUAUCUAAGUCAAGUUCAGAAAUAGGUCAUUGCCGGGUCGAAAACUAGGUCACUUAGUGCAUUUCCAGCGUUUAGCAUGGUGUCCAAAACCUUCAAACGGGUGUAUCUUGUGACAGUUUAGCACUCUUGUUUAUUACAUUAAAGCCACACACCUUGAAAUGAAAUACAUGUUAAUCAGUACAUAUAGAUGCAAUUUGAAAGUGUGCAAAAUUGUCAUUAAAUCU